AUGGGCGCAUCCUCUGCCUCACUGUUCCUGGAGCUGCUGAAACGGGUUCCACAGCAGCCAUCGCAUCAGCAGCAGAACAGCAUUCAAUCGGUCACGUACACGGCACCAGUCUUCCCGCAUCCGGCAGCAGAGAACUCCUCUUCAGGAACCGGGGAGCCCGUGCUCGUAUGGAUGCCAUACCAGCACAAUGCCCUGACGAGCCUCAUCUCAUCGCUCUUCAUCCAGGAGAACUAGCGCAAGGGCAAUGUGCUGCUCGCGAACCUUGCCCUCGCCAACCUGCUCGUGUCAUCGGUCGGCUUCCCUGUGACAAUCGUGGCCAUUCUGGCCGGCAGCCAGGGCAGCUUAAUCACCUGUCGCUGGCAGUGGUACCCAGCGCUAUUGGGCUUCUACACCACAGUGUUCACCUUCCUAUUCAUCGCGGCCGAAAACUACGUGCGCAGUUGUCGCCAGGACCGGGACGUCUACUCGUCCGUGUGCGGCGCAAAGCUGGUCGUCUUCCUAAUGUUGGCAGCCUGGACGAUCGCAAUCUCGCUGGUUCUUGUCGUCACUCUGGUGACGGGUGGCCUAGAUGUCUGUGAACGGGACAUGCGCGAAAGUAAAAUGUUCGUAGCGCUGUGUGUUCCUUUCGCACUCACCGUCGCGGUGUUCGCCAAGGCCAUGCACGAACAACGGGACUAUACAUACAACCUGGAGCUGCGAAACUGCCUGGCCACUCGCGAGGAGAUACUCCAGCGAACCCUUCUGCGUACCAACGCCAUUGCGUACGCCCUGUUCCUCCUUCUUUGGCUUCCUUUUCUGCUAACGGUCAUCAUCAGCCCAUCCAUGCGGAGCUCCAACCCAGGCACAUCAGCUGUCGAGACGCUUUUGCGCUAG